AUGAGGAAGAACAGUAUUCCAGGUGUCGCAACCGGUGGUUCCGCGCUGGGCGGUCGUUCACCUCAGUCUUCCUUUGACUCGAACACGGAUGUGGCCCAAAUUUCCAUGAACUGGAUGCGAAUGAAUGGCCUGGGACAAGGCGGCUUCCGACAGCUGCUCACCGGUAACCCCACAGUAGCCAAGUCAACAAGCAACCUUGGACGAGUCAGUUCACUCAAGAAAAUGCACGGUAUUUCCAGUUUAGAAGAUCGCACUACAGCACAACAACACUGCACCGACGUCAUCGAUGGUAUGUUUGAAUUUACGCUUGUUUCUUGA